AUGAGGAAACAGCGACCAGAGGGACUGGUACCGCUUUCAGGAUUUUGGAGCUGAGCACGCACAGGCUGACACGGCACACUCACGACGCAUGUGACCCGGGUCACGGUCAAACGUCACCGAACUCUCCCAAGGAACACGCGACGUAACUGUUGGCACAGCCGCGUGAAGGAGGACGCCAGGGUUCGAGGCGCACCCACCCGGCCAGAAGGCCCCUCUUCCCUGAACAUGUGGGAGGAAAUGCCAUUUUCCAGCCGCAGGAGGGGCAGCGGCCGAAGGAAGGUCAUCUGGGCUCUGUGCUUCCUGCUGCUUCUCCUCGAAGCCGGCUCUGCCAAGAAUCUCUGGAAACGGGCAUUGCACACGAGGCUGGCCGAGAAGUCCCGCGCCGAGGAGGCGACCGGCCCCCGGCAGCCCCGCGCCGACCGCUGCCCGCCGCCACCGCGCUCGCUGCCCCCCGGCGCCUGCCAGGCGGCGCGCUGCCAGGCCGACUCCGAGUGCCCGCGGCACCGGCGCUGCUGCUACAACGGCUGUGCCUACGCCUGCCUGGAGGCCGUGCCGCCCCCGCCAGUUUUAGACUGGCUGGUGCAGCCGAAACCUCGAUGGCUUGGCGGCAACGGCUGGCUUCUGGAUGGCCCUCAGGAGGUGCUGCAAGCCGAGGCCUGCAGCACCACGGAGGAUGGGGCGGAACCCCUCCUCUGCCCCUCAGGCUAUGAGUGCCACAUCCUGAGCCCUGGGGAUGCGGCCGAGGGCAUCCCCAACCGCGGGCAGUGUGUCAAGCAGCGCCGGCAGGCAGAUGGGCGAUUCCUCCGACACAAAUUUUACAAAGAAUACCCAGAGGGAGAUUCUAAGAAUGUGGCGGAGCCUGGGAAAGGACCCCAGAGGCACUUUUCAUAAGGCAGCGGUGCCGCCAGUUGCGAGAACGUUCCUCCAUUCUUCUGCUAAGUCUUGGAAACAGUUGGAUAAAACAUGAUUUGACCCCUGGAAGCUAUGCCCAGCUUGACAGAGCAUGACCCCCAAAAUACUUAAGACAAGACAGCUGGCUUUCAAGGCCAGCAUGACCCACCUGGCUGGGGGACUUGGUGGGAGCCCCUUCCCAGCCCUGGGUCCCUGACUUGUCAUCCUGAAGAUACAGCACACCUAGCAGUCCCAUUCGACCUGACCCCACCGCAGGAAGAGGUCACUGCCCUCGAGAGCUGCACGGAGCUCCUUUGUCAGAGUGUUCAUCAUCUCCGUUACCACACGUUUCUUCCAGAUUUGUCUCUGGGAGGCGCGUACCUAUCCCAACUGUGCUCAAAAUAAAUUGCUCCUUAUAAAAUGGAAAGGAACUUGGCUACU